ACGUCACUUAUGGAAAAAAAGAAAAUUACAAGAAGCCUCAAGGAUGUCCGCUGGAAACGACCCCGGAGCUCGUCUCACCCAGUUCAAAAACAAAGGGAAGGAUGCCAAUGAGCUCAGGAGAAGAAGAGCGGAGGUCAACGUGGAGCUGCGGAAAGCAAAGAAGGAUGAUCAGAUCCUGAAGAGGAGAAACGUGGAGAGCCUCCUGGAUGAGCCGACCUCUCCUCUGCAAGAACAAGACCCCAACGCACAGCCUCCUCAGCCCUGGUCUUUGGAGGAGAUCGUAGGAGGAGUAAACAGCCAGAAUCUAGAUCAUCAGCUGCAUGCCACGCAGGCAGCCAGGAGACUACUCUCCAGAGAAAAGCAUCCACCUAUUGACACCAUCAUUGCUGCCAGCCUCAUCCCAAAGUUUGUUAGUUUUCUGGCGCUAUCUGAAUGCCCCCCCAUCCAAUUUGAGGCAGCUUGGGCCCUGACAAACAUCGCCUCGGGUACCUCAGACCAGACCGCUGCCGUAGUGGAGGGUGGGGCCAUCCCGGCCUUCAUCAGUCUGGUGGCAUCACCCCACCCCCACAUCAGCGAACAGGCCAUUUGGGCCCUGGGUAACAUCGCAGGAGAUGGAUCCAACUACAGAGACCUAGUGAUCAAACACGGUGGUCUCCAUCCCCUCCUAGCCCUGCUGGCGGCCCCUGACCUGUCUGUGUUUCCUUCUGGAUACCUGCGCAAUGUCACCUGGACGCUGUCCAACCUGUGUCGGAACAAGAACCCCGCCCCUCCUUUGACAGCGGUGCAGCAGCUGCUUCCAGCCCUGGUGCGUCUCCUGCACCACGACGACAGGGAGAUUCUGGCCGACACCUGCUGGGCCGUGUCCUACCUGACCGACGGCUCCAAUGAGAGGAUAGAGGUGGUGGUGCAGGCUGCCCUAGUGCCCCGCCUGGUACAGCUGCUAGCCUGUGGGGAGCUCUCCAUUGUGACUCCAGCCCUGCGGUCACUUGGCAACAUUGUGACUGGGACAGACGAGCAGACACAGUGUGUACUGAAUGCAGGUGCACUGGCAAUGUUCCCCAACCUGCUGCGUCACCACAAGUCCAAUAUCCAGAAGGAAGCGGCCUGGACAUUGUCCAAUAUCACUGCUGGAAAAGACACACAGAUCCAGGAGGUCGUCAAUGCUGGCCUGAUGCCAAUGCUGGUGGAGAUCCUCCAACAGGGAGACUACAAGACUCAGAAGGAGGCUGUGUGGGCGGUCACCAAUUAUACCAGCGGUGGAACGGUGGCACAAGUGGCCUUCCUGGUCCAGUGCAAUGUGCUGGAGCCUCUGCUCAACCUGCUGACAGCCAGAGACAGCAAAAUCAUCUUGGUCAUCCUGGACGCAAUCAACAAUAUUUUACAGAUGGCAUACAAAACUGGUGAGAUUGAAAAACUCUGCCUAAUGAUUGAGGAGUUGGGUGGUUUGGACAAGAUUGAGGCACUUCAGUCCCAUGACAACGAAGCUGUCUACAAGGCCUCUCUCAACAUCAUAGACAGAUUCUUCUCUGAAGAGAAUGAAGAUGAUGAGUCCGUGGUUCCUGAAGCUACAGCAGACGGCUAUACUUUCCAGAUCCCCGAGGAUCAAAGCACCUUCCAGUUUUAACACACCAAACCGUCUCCUUGUAUCUUGUUGAUAUUUUUGUAUUUUUUUUUUUUUCUUAGACAUUUCAUCCUUGUACAUGACAGUACAAAGAUAAACCCUCCCAGUUUCAAAGAAAUAUUUGUAAAUAAAUGUUACUCCUGCACAAUUUUCUUUUCAUACGGAUGUUUCAGAAAUAAACGGCCUAUGCACCGG